GAUCUCGGUCAUGUGUCCCCGAGCCCUGCUCCUCCUGCUGUCCGGGACCCUGACCCUGACCCAGAACUGGACGGGCCCCCACACCCUGGGAUAUUGCAGCACCGCCAUGUACGUACCCCUUGGCAAGAAGAACCGCUACACCGUCGUCAUCUACGUGGACGACACGGAGAUCCUGCGGUUCCACAGUGACGCCGCCAGUGCCAGGCUGGAGCCGAGGGCGGCCUGGAUGGAGCAGGAGGGCGCAGGGUUUUGGGAGGAACAGAUGCAGGAAAUAAGGCACAACGAACAGAGGAGCAGAGUGACCCUGAACAAGCUGCACGUCUACUACAACCAGAGCGAGGACGGGUCUCACACCCUCCAGGAAAUGACCGGCUGCCUCGUCGGGUUGGACGGGCACUUCCUCCACGGGUUCAGUCAGUUCGCCUACGACGGCGCCGAAUUCCUCUCCCUGGACGAGGACCUGCGCUCUUGGACCACCAGGGCCACAGCGCCCCAGAUCACCUGGCGCGAGUUGGUGCUGCUCCCUGAUGCGGACGUCAGGAGAUUCUUCCUGCAGGACAUCUGCGUGGGCCGCCUCCACCGCCUCCUGGAGAAGGGGAAGGACACGCUGCUCCGAGCAGACCCUCCAAAGACACACGUGACCCACCACCCCAUCUCUGACCAUGAGGUCACCCUGAGGUGCUGGGCCCUGGGCUUCUACCCUUCGAACAUCACCCUGACCUGGCAGCGUGAAGGGCAGGACCUGACCCAGGACAUGGAGGCUGUGGAGACCAGGCCUGCAGGGGACGGGACCUUCCAGAAGUGGGCGGCUGUGGCCGUGCCCCCUGGAGAGGAGCAGAGAUACACGUGCCAUGUGCAGCACCAGGGGCUGCCUGAGCCCCUGACCCUGAGAUGGGAACCCCCUCCUCAGACCACCAUCACAACAGUGGUCAUUGCUGGUGCCCUGGUUCUCCUUGGAGCUGUGGCUGCUGGAGCUGUGAUGUGGAGGAGGAAGUGCUCAGGGUGACAGAGCUGCUUUCUAUGGGACUUGGUGCUAAAAGUCACAGAAGCCUCCCCUUGGGACUUUAAGGAUCCCUGACUGCAGUUCCUGCAACUGGCAUCGGAACUUGUCUGCAUUCUUAUCAGCACAGUGAGGAGCUGGUGCCCAGGCCACCCUCCCCACAGGGACCUGUGUCCUCUCCCCAGGGGACUGUCAUGUCCUAGCAGAGCCAGGGUGAGGCAUCCCCAUCCUGGUCAUUCCUAGUCUGGGGCAUCUUUGUUGCUAUUUUGUCCUUGCCACUUCAGGAGAACCUUGUCCCAGCAGGACCUGGGGUCCCAGGGACUCGAGCAUCACCUGGGCCUUGUGGUGGCUCCAGGACUGUGCUCAGUGAGGGCUUCAUGAGGCCGCGUCAGCCUGGGCUCAGGCCUGGGUCUGGCCCUCAGCCCCUGUUUGGGGUAUUUUAUUGUUUUUUUUCUUUUUCUACAUGUUAUAUAUAUU